GUGACUGCCCCGGCGGGAGCUGAGGCGCUGAGCGGCCGCUCUGCACCCUCUGCUGUCACUUGGCUCCGACCCGCACUCCCCUCUCCGUCCUCCUCGAGUCCGUGUUCCCCGCGCGGCCGUCUCGCGGCGGCUCCCUGCGUUCCCGCGCGGGUCCGGGACGAUGGCGGCGCGGGGGUCCGGGCCCCCGGUCCUCUUCCUCGCGUCGCGCCCGCUCCGCCUCCUCCUCCUUCUUCAGCUGGUCGCGGGGCGCGGCGCGCCCGGAGGAUUAGCUGAACCAUCCUCUGUUGCAAAACAUGAAGAUAGUUUGUUUAAGGAUUUAUUUCAAGACUACGAAAGAUGGGUUCGUCCUGUGGAAUACCUGAAUGACAAAAUAAAAAUAAAGUUUGGCCUUGCAAUAUCUCAAUUAGUGGAUGUGGAUGAGAAAAAUCAGUUAAUGACAACAAAUGUCUGGUUGAAACAGGAAUGGAUAGAUGUGAAAUUAAGAUGGAACCCUGAUGACUAUGGUGGAAUAAAAGUUAUACGUGUGCCUUCAGACUCUCUCUGGACACCAGACAUUGUUUUGUUUGAUAAUGCAGAUGGACGUUUUGAAGGGGCCAGUACGAAAACAGUCGUCAGGUAUGAUGGCACUGUCACCUGGACUCCUCCAGCAAACUACAAAAGUUCCUGCACCAUAGAUGUCACGUUUUUCCCAUUUGAUCUCCAAAACUGUUCCAUGAAAUUUGGUUCUUGGACUUACGAUGGAUCACAGGUUGAUAUAAUUUUAGAGGACCAAGAUGUAGACAAGAGAGAUUUUUUUGAUAAUGGAGAAUGGGAAAUUGUGAGUGCAACAGGAAGCAAAGGAAACAGAACUGAUAGCUGUUGCUGGUAUCCUUAUAUCACUUACUCAUUUGUAAUUAAGCGUCUGCCUCUCUUUUAUACCUUGUUCCUUAUUAUACCCUGUAUUGGGCUCUCGCUUUUAACCGUACUUGUCUUCUAUCUUCCUUCACAUGAAGGUGAAAAGAUUUCUCUCUGCACCUCAGUACUUGUUUCUUUGACUGUCUUCCUUCUGGUUAUUGAAGAGAUCAUACCUUCGUCUUCCAAAGUAAUACCUCUGAUUGGAGAGUAUCUGGUGUUUACCAUGAUUUUUGUGACACUGUCAAUUAUGGUGACUGUCUUUGUUAUCAACAUUCAUCAUCGUUCUUCCUCAACGCAUAAUGCUAUGGCACCUUGGGUCCGCAAGAUAUUUCUUCAGAAGCUUCCAAAACUGCUUUGCAUGAGAAGUCAUGUAGAUAGGUACUUUACUCAGAAAGAGGAAACUGAGAGCGGUAGUGGACCAAAAUUUUCUAGAAACACAUUGGAAGCUGCGCUUGAUUCUAUUCGAUAUAUUACAAGACACGUCACGAAGGAGAAUGAUGUCCGUGAGGUUGUUGAAGAUUGGAAAUUCAUAGCCCAGGUUCUUGAUCGGUUGUUUCUGUGGACUUUUCUUCUGGUUUCGAUUGUUGGAUCUCUUGGGCUUUUUGUUCCUGUUAUUUAUAAAUGGGCAAAUAUAAUAGUACCAGUUCAUAUUGGAAAUGCAAAUAAGUGAUACUUCCCAAGGGGUUGUAGUAGGAAUUUAGUUACCAAAAGGUAUAUAUCAUAUGGCACCUAUAAAAUUAUGAAAAUGUAAAUUGUUUAAAAUUUGAUGCAAGCUUUAACAGAUUAACAGUUGCUAACAUCAGUUUAUUUUAAUAGAUUGCCCAUUAGAACAUCUACCUGCGUGACUAAAGUAAUAACCGAUGGAUCUUCUAAAAAUCGCAGCAAAAUAUUAUCUGAAUUAUACUAGUAAAAAUCUAAUGUUUGUGUCCUGGCAAAUAAUACUAAUUUGUAAUCAUCAGUGAAGUUCUUUUUUUUCUUUU